AUGUUUCCGCUAAAGCAAAAGUGCCUAGACGCGCUGUGUAAAAUGGUGGCAUGGGUAUACAUCGACAUGCGUAAUUUGAUGUGUCUGGACAACGAGAAAUUGAAAACGAGAUAUUUAAAACAUCACUUGGGAAUACGAGUUGUGACAUUGCCACGAGACAGCGAUCUCGCGUGGAUGUCGACUGUGAAUCCGAAGGAGACGCUGAAGAUGUUUCGUAGGAGAUUAGCCAUGGCAUCCACGCCUCUCGAACUUGCCUGGCUGCAUCAUGAAUUUUGCAAGUUUCUUAUCGACAUUCAUCGCUUCGAUUUGGCCAGAUUCUACGCGAAGAAGGGUCGCGACAUAGCGCAGAAGGCGGACUGCGAAGAGUGGGUCCUGAACAUCGAUCAUCUGAUACUGCAAAUAGAGAUUCAUCAGAAUAAUCGGAACGAGGCGAGAGACGCCGCAGUUUUAGCGCUCGCGUGCGCCAAAAAACUUGGUAUCGAUUAUCUGAUCGUCAUGUCAGUGUCGAAGAGGGAAGAAGCUCCCGAAGUCUUCAGGGAGGCUAUUCUUUAUCGUGAAUGGGGCUAUCGACUGGCCAGUCUGGGCAGAUACCCCUUGGCCAUAGAUUAUUUCGAGAAGGCAUCUAAAUCGGUCGAGGACCUCAGAACGUUAAUCGGUCUCUGUAGAACGCUCAUCAAACACACGAGAUACGUUGCCGCGGAAAAACUGUCGGAGAAAUGUAUGAAAAUAGAUCCCGGUCAUUACAAAGCGCGGCAGAUGCGGAUGGAGGCGCUUUUCCAGAUCGGUGAGUUCGGUUCCAGCCUGGCUCACGCCUACGAAGGCAUGCGACGGCACGGGAUGACCUUUGAGCACGGUGUCUAUCAGACGAACGAGACUGUUGAAGAUUGUAUCGGCCUGAAUACGUCUCCUAUGGCACUCCUGCUGCUAUAUCCGUGGAUACAACGGUUGUGCGAGCACCGUGAGCUUCUGAUCGGCAAGCUCGAGGUAGAGGAAGACGAGUUCGAAGGUAUCGAUGAGGAUAAGGCAAGAUUUAAAGUAAACGAUCCGGAAGUGCAACGUCAAGCGCAGAUGAAAAGACUGCAACGCGUCAUAGCGAAAUUGGAUAUGGGUGGCUUGACGACCGAUAAGGAUUUUCUCGAGGAGAUUGUGAACCGUCCGGAAAUCGUGGUUUCACCUAGUAAGAUCUCGACUGCCGAGCUGCUCGCUCUCGCGAGUACGUGCCAUCGAAACGCGAUGAACCUGCAGGAGCUUCUCCGAAUGAGACGACCGCUUUACAUUCUGCUCUUCCAGCGACGGAAGAUUUCGAAAGGAUGCAAAAUGAUGAUUGAACGCGAGCGAAAAUUGCGCAGGAACAUCAUCGUCUUAGAAGCGGAUUUUCUGUUGCACCGCGUGCACGUCGCGAAGAUCACCAAGGAUUACCCUACCUUUUUCAAACUCAUAAAUCGUAUCAAGAAUAAAUUUGACUCGUACUCGGACAAGAUGUUUCCGCUAAAGCAAAAGUGCCUAGACGCGCUGUGUAAAAUGGUGGCAUGGGUAUACAUCGACAUGCGUAAUUUGAUGUGUCUGGACAACGAGAAAUUGAAAACGAGAUAUUUAAAACAUCACUUGGGAAUACGAGUUGUGACAUUGCCACGAGACAGCGAUCUCGCGUGGAUGUCGACUGUGAAUCCGAAGGAGACGCUGAAGAUGUUUCGUAGGAGAUUAGCCAUGGCAUCCACGCCUCUCGAACUUGCCUGGCUGCAUCAUGAAUUUUGCAAGUUUCUUAUCGACAUUCAUCGCUUCGAUUUGGCCAGAUUCUACGCGAAGAAGGGUCGCGACAUAGCGCAGAAGGCGGACUGCGAAGAGUGGGUCCUGAACAUCGAUCAUCUGAUACUGCAAAUAGAGAUUCAUCAGAAUAAUCGGAACGAGGCGAGAGACGCCGCAGUUUUAGCGCUCGCGUGCGCCAAAAAACUUGGUAUCGAUUAUCUGAUAGAUUUCUAUGAAAGGGCCAUAAAAGCUGUGGACGAGCUGGACGUAGAGCGGAUCGGCGACUUUGACGACGUCACUGCCAGGCAGCAGCUUAUCCUCGAGCUGAUGCCGAAGGAGAUGAAGGGGGAGGUGGAUUUUCUGUGGCGGCGUAUGAACGUCGUGCCUGCCGAGAGACGACUCUCUGUCAUGCCGGGCUGCAAGCCGAUCGAUCGAAAGUUCAAAAUGCCCUGCAUGCGAAGGACCAUAUUGCCCAGUCCGCCGAAGGAUCCGAAAAGGGACGCCAGGAUCGUUCUGUUGAAGCAGUACGCCCCGUCUCACAAGCGACCGGGUUUCGUGAAUUUCGAAGAAUUCGAAUGA